AUGUCUCCUUACCCUCAUCUCAUAUUUUGGCAAUCAAUGGAGACUCGUUUGGCUGCCGCCAUACUGUACUUCGAACCCCUGUGGAAUCACCCGGACCUCGCCACCGCGUUUGAGAGCGAACUAGGCGUUCUGAAGGCUAUCAUCGGCCGUACUAGACUUCUCACUGGUCAGAUGCCUCCUGAGUCUAAGUUCAUGAAAGUCGUCAAUCGAGUCAUUGCAACGGGAGGCCAUGGGGACUGGAGCUUACUGAAGCCUGCUGCUCUUGAGUUUGGGGUUAUCCACGGAGGCACACCUCCGCGCGACGUCAGCGGACUUCCCGAAUGGUGGCUGCGUUACUCUUCGAAUUGUCUAGCUUCAACUGAUGGUGAGGGCCGGCCUGCCGUACCCCGGAGCCUCAAUGAGCACUAUGGGGUUGAGUGGGACCUCGCGAACCAUAUCAUAGUUCGCGGAGGACUUGACGUUGCAUUCCCUCCCCAGCAGAAGACUUCAAAGCCGGAGGGACUGCUCGCGGAGUUCAUGAUGCGGAUGAUGCGGCUCAGACAUGACAUUCAGCCCCUUCAAGCCAAAGCCGCACAAGACUGGACAGAUCUGGCUGAACUGUACAACAUUGAGGCGAGCGCACUUGUACGACAGGGGUUUGCGCUUGGUGAUUGGCACAAGGAGGCCAUGUAUGACAAGCAGCUGACGAAGGAGGAGAUUGAGAGGGAGCGGAAGGAGAAGGAGAUGGCCGGGCAGAAGAAGGCCGCGGAGACUCCGGCGGACCGCAUGACCCGCAGAGGCUGA